AUGGCAUUGUUUCCUCCUGAUGUGUUAAACAAUCUUCGUUUAUCUAGUUUACCUAACCAUAAAUUAGUAUUGAAACUUGGUGCUCCAGUGAUGUUACUCAGAAACAUUGAUCAGGCAAAUGGAUUGUGUAAUGGUACACGUUUACAAGUCACGAAGCUCGGAAAAGUUGUGAUUGAAGCAAAAAUAAUCACAGGGACUAAUAUAGAUCAUCAUACUUUGAUUUCAAGACUGAAGAUGCCACCUUCUGAUAAAAGAAUACCAGUGAAGAUUUCUCGAAGACAAUUCCCACUUUCACUGUGUUUUGCUAUGACAAUAAAUAAAAGUCAAGGACAAUCAUUGGAGCAUGUUGGUUUAUAUCUUCCACGUCCAGUGUUUAGUCAUGGCCAGCUCUAUGUUGCUGUAUCUAGAGUAAAAAGUAGGAAGGGGUUGAAAAUUUUGAUUUGUGAUAAAGAGAAACGAGUCUGUAUAACCACUACUAAUGUGGUUUACAAAGAAGUUUUACAAAAUCUAUAUAAACAUUUGUCAACCUGGCAACGUCUGUUGGAUAUAAUGGAGGAACUGUUGUUAGGAAAUGUUUGUUGGAAAGGAAUACAACUUUUUGAAAGCAUCUGA